UCCCAAGAGUGCAUCUAUAAAUAAUUUGGCAACUGAAUCCCAAAGUCAUGACCUUUGUUCUAUAAGAUUUGUUCAGCUACAUUACAAGGCUGACAGUGAAAUUUUCCGGCGAAAAUGAGAUUUCGAGGCAAUGACAGCCCCGCCAAGGAUCGUCAUUUGCCACGAAUGUUAGUGACAAUAUUGGCUACAUUAACGGUUGCUAAUGUUGUUUCAGCGGAUCCUUAUGUAUAUUCUUCUCCUUCAUUACCUUCACUUCCACUAUCAUAUGCCUAUAAAUCACUGCCUCGUCCAUCGUCAUCUCCACCUCUCCCGUAUGUGUAUACAUCUCCGCCUCCUCCUCCGCCUUCACCCCUAGCACCCUAUGGUCCACGUCAUCACUUGGCGGUCAAGGUUGUUGGAAAAGUCUACUGUUUAAGAUGCUACAAUUGGAAAUACCCAAAAAUAUCUCAUGGCAAGAAACACCUCAAAGGUGCUGUGAUUCAAGUGACUUGCAAGGUCGGUGACAAAAAAAUUGUGAAUUUUGGUAACACUAAGAUCAAUGGCAAAUUUAGCAUAACUUUCAAAGGAUUUGAUUAUCACAAAUAUGGCGCAAAGGCUUGCAAAGUCAAACUUCAAAAGGCACCAAAAGAUUCAAAAUGUAACAUUCCAACAAAUUUUCAUUUGGGAAUUAAGGGUGCUAAUCUCAAAGUGAAAUCAAAGACUAAAUAUGAAGUUGUACUCUAUGCAUUACCAUUUGCUUAUGCUCCUAAGAUACCCUAUAGGGUAUGCAAGAAGCUCAAGCCUACACUUGCGCGCUAUACUACUUCAAAUUUCCUCCAAAUCUAUCACGGGCGUAUGUUUAUAAGUUAUAUCCGCCUUCAUCACCAACGUAUGUUUACAAGUCACCUUCUCCUCCAACCCCGACAUAAGUUUACAAAUUCCAUCACCACCUUAUUACCAAACUCGGCGCCACCAACUAAAGUCUCAAUCGUCUCCUUAUUAUUACAAGUUUCCACCAUCAGUAACACCAGCACCAAUAUAGUAUUAUAAGUCGUCACCAUCUUAGCUUAUUACAAAAGUCGGCCACCACCAACUAAGUCUCAAUCGUCUCCUUAUUAUUACAAGUCUCCACAUCCGCCUUCACCAAAACCUGCACUUAUAUAGUAUUAUAAGUCACCUCCGCCCAAUUCAUUACUAAGUUUUUCAAGAAGGGAAGAUUCGAAUAUCAACGGUACAUAGCACUAAGUAAUAUAUCAAAUGAGUUCUUCAAUUUUGCUUAAGGAAAAAGUGAUCUUUUGUGUCGUAAUUUAUUGUUGUAUAGAGAAUGUCCUCUUUUUUUAAUCCAUUUUUU